AUGUCCACAAGAUGGAGGCAGGGGGGGCGGCGGCGGCGUGAAGGAGGCGGGGGUGCCCGUGUCCGGGUCCGGGUCGGAGCAGGUGCCUCGGCAGCGGCGGGAUGGAGCUGCUCAUGAUCAUCGCGGUGUCGGCCCUCGUCGGCUCCUUUCUCACACUCCUCGCCCAGUUCCUGCUGCUCUAUCAAAGGAGUCCCGAGCCGCUGUACCGGCCGUCCACCGCCGACUGGGGGGUCCACCACGUCACGCCGGUGCCGGGCCUUCACCUCCGCGAGUACCUCUAUGGCGGCAGCUCGGGCCGGUCGUCGAAGCCCCCUGAGGGCGGAGGCGGGGGCGGCAGCGGCGGCGGGGGCCCGAACUCGGAGGUGCCGCGCUCCUUGGAGACCUGCUACUUCCUCAACGCGAUCCUUCUGUUCCUGUUCCGGGAGCUGCGGGACACGGCCGUGGCCCGGCACUGGAUCACCAAGAAGAUCAGGGUGGAGUUCGAGGAGCUGCUGCAGAGCAAGACGGCCGGCAGGCUGCUGGAGGGCUUAGGCCUGCGGGAAGUGUCCCUGGGCCGCUCCGUGCCCUACGUCAAGACGAUCCGCCUCUUGCAGCCCGUGGUGCCCUCGUUCUCCAACGAAGCCGUGGUCACCGAUGGCGCGGAAGACCUCCCGGCCGCUUGCCCAGAGGAGCUCAUCUUCGAGCUGGACGUGGAGUACAGCGGCGGCUUCCACCUGGCCAUCGACGUAGACCUGGUUUUCGGCAAGUCCGCCUACCUCUUCGUCAAGCUGUCCCACAUGACGGGGAAGCUGCGGCUGGUCUUCACUCGUUUGCCCUUCACCCACUGGGCCUUCUCGUUUGUGGAGGAGCCAGUGAUGGACCUAGAGGUGCGCUCCCACUUCGAAGGGCGCCCCAUGCCGCAGCUCACCUCCAUCAUCGUCAACCAGCUCAAGAAGGUCCUCAAGCGCAAGCACACCUUACCCAACUACAAGAUCAGAUUCAAGCCGUUUUUCCCAUUUCAAGUCUCACAAACCACAAAGGAAGAAAAUGAAGCAUUAUACAUACAACAAUCUGGACUUGCAGAAGGCCGCCUUAAAAUUACUCUAAUAGAAUGUAGCAGGUUACUGAUUUUGGGAUCCUAUGAAAGAGAAGCAAAUAUUCAUUGCACACUUGAGUUGAGCAGUGGUGUUUGGGAAGAAAAACAGAGGAGUUCUAUUAAGACGGCUGAGUUAGUAAAAGGAAACUUACAAAGUGUCGGACUUACACUUCGCCUCGUUCAGUCGUCUGAUGGAUAUGGUGGACAUGUCGUAAUUGAAACUGUGGCACCAAAUUCCCCUGCCUCACUUGCAGAUCUUCAGCGGGGAGACAGACUUAUAGCCAUUGGAGGAGUUAAAAUCACAUCUACAAUCCAAGUGUUAAAGCUCAUUAAGCAAGCAGGUGACAGAGUGAUGGUGUAUUAUGAAAGGCCUGUUGGUCAGAGUAAUCAAGGAUCAGUAGUACAGGAUAGUUUUACACCAGUGGAAGAUAAUAGUCUUCUGGCAAAUUCAUAUCAACCGAAUUUUGAAGAAGACAUAGCUAGCCUUGUAGAGGAUAUUGAUAACAAAGAUAUAGAUUUAGAAUUUGAAGAUUUGGCAUGUGAUGUCAAGGUACAAAAUGAAUCCAAAGAUGAGAUUCCAUCAGUAAGUCAGAGUCCCAAGCGAAGUUCAGCACAAGUUAAUAAGUCUUAUGGAUCUGUCUCACCAAUUUUAAGCCGUAAACCAUCAAGUUACGUGGUACCACGAAGUUCUCAAGUCAAAGAUGCACCCAAAUUAGUGACACAUAGGGUCUCUGAAACCUUAGACCCAGCACAACAGUCAGCAAGAGCAUCACAGACAUCUCUUCUUAAGCCUUCUGUGUCACCCAGGCCACAAAUGAAAUCUGUUCCACCCUCUACUCAAAGCCAGACAGAAUUAGACAUACUUGUUGAAAAAACAGAGAAGCCACCUUCUCUUCCACAAACAGAAAAACUCCCAGAAAAGUUAGUGACAAAUAUUAAUCAUACAGAAGAUGCAUCCAUGUCAAAGCCAUCUGUGGUAAAGCAGGAAGUGGUAAAAGACCCAGUUUCAGACAGUGCUAAUAAGGACAGUGCAGAUGACCAAACAUGGGAAUCAGCAGAAAUUCUUUAUCAUCAUAAAGUAGGUAAAUGGACAAGAAAGAAGGGAACUUGUAUAUUUGACAUAGAAGACUGCCAUAAGUACCUGAAUGUUGCAUUGUGGUGCAGAGAUCCUUUCAAGGUGGGGGGUCUCAUCUGCUUAGGACAUGUUAGUGUAAAACUGGAAGAGAUUGCUUUAGGGUGUUUAGCUACUUCAAACUUGGACUAUUUUACAAAAUUCAGAUUGAAUCCUCCAAAACCUAAAGCUAUGGUUACUAGAACUGCAUUGCGAAAUCUGAAUAUGCAAAAGGGAUUCAAUGAAACAUUUUGCUUUGGUGACAUUACUAUGCAUUUCAAAUACUUGAAAGAAGGAGAAUAUGAACAAUAUGUGAAUCUUAUGGAGAAGGAAAAAGAAAGCAAUUUGAUAGAGGAUGUUCCUGCCCUUAUUAAAGAUGAAUAUUUUCUUGGACAGAUGAAUUUUGCAGAAAAUAAACAUUGUUUCCAAGACACUCAAUUCCAGAAUCCAACAUGGUGUGAUUAUUGUAAGAAGAAAGUUUGGACUAAAGCAGCUUCCCAGUGCAUAUUUUGUGCUUAUGUUUGCCACAAAAAAUGUCAAGAAAAAUGCUUUUCUGAGACUCCUCUUUGUGUGGGACCUGAGAAGCAAAUGGACCGGAUCUUGAAAAACUUGCGGAUAGAAGGGCAAGAAAAUAUCAUAGGAAUGUCUUCUAAUAAAUCAGUUGGUAAAAGUACAGGUAUAACAAGGCAUUUAUGGAAUACUAGCUCUCGUAUCUUAAGCUUGCGUCAAAGCGUUAGAAGAAACCAAGGUGAACAAAUUGCUGAAUUGGUAGAACCCUCACCCAAGCUAACACCAAACACUUCUGAUAAUGAAGGCAGUGAUACAGAAGGUUUUGGUCCAAAUAGUCCUUCCAAGCGGGUAGGCAGCUCAGGAAUCAAAUUGGCAAGGAAAGAAGGAGGCCUAGAUGACAGUGUCUUCAUCGCAGUUAAAGAAAUUGGCCGUGACCUUUAUAGGGGUUUACCUAAUGAGGAAAGAUUCCAGAAGCUAGAAUUCAUGUUAGAUAAACUGCAGAAUGAAAUUGACCAGGAGCUGGAACACAACAAUUCAAUUGCUAGAGAAGAGAAAGAGGCAACCGACUCAAAGAAAAAAGCACUCCUUUCGACUGCCUUGACUAAAUCAGGUGAAAGACUACAAGCUUUAACACUUCUUAUGAUACACUACAGAGCAGGUAUUGAAGAUUUAGAACUAGAAACUCUGUCUUUAUAUCAAACCAAAAAAGUGGCUACAGAUGAUGCAGAAGAAGACCUCGAUAAUGAAAUAUGUGAACUAAUGGAGGCUCAACCUUUUGACAGCAUAUCAGAUGAGUUAUUUGACUCAUCUGAACCUCUGUAGUAUACUGUUUGCCUAUUUAACCUUCCAAACAAUUUCGGGAAAAGAAUUGCACUUACUAAAAUACAUCAGAUACACCCCCAUUUAAACACUCUUAUAAUAUGUAUGGCCUGCUUCUCCACAUUUAUUUGCCUGUCUUAACAAAAAAUGAUAGUUGUUUUCUUUCCCCCCAGCAAAAUGUAUGACCUUUUGACUUGGCUAAAUUGGUUGAUUUGGAUUGUAUUAUAACAUGGUUUUUGGGUUAAUACUAGUAAUUUAUUUUUACUAAUUUAUUUCUAACUUUUUCUAUUAUGGAAACUAACAUUUCAUGUUGAUGUUCUUUUCCUUUUUGUUUCUGAAUCAGUGUUAAAUAGUAUACUGUCAGAAUUCUUAAAAUGUUUUAAUUUACAUCAUGGUGAUAGUUAUGAACUUGCUGCAUGCCCGAACUGAUAAUACAGCAAUCAUUGAAGGAAUAGGUUUUGAUAUUUUUGAUCGUGUUACAUUUAUUUUUGUCUCAAAUUGGUUGUAGGAUGUUUUCUUGAUGGGGGGAUGGGUGUGGGUAGAGGAACAAUGGGUGAUAUUUGUUGGAGGUGAAUUUGGAUUGGGUUUUUUUUGGGGGGGAGGAGGUUGGCCAAACGUUAUAUGAAAGCAAACACUGUGGCUUUUAUUUUGUCUACGAUUAUUUAGUAAAGAUAUUAUAUAUGAUGUUGCUUGCUUUCUAUGCUGUUGUUUUAAAAAAUGUUCUUUUCAAAAGUUGUGCAGUUGAAUUUUGGCAGUGUUAAGACCCAGUUCAGUGCUUUCUUUGAAGAGCUAGCACUGUUGAAAUACAGAAAGUAAAAGGUACAAUUUGAUGCAUUUGGUCAAGAAUUUCUAGCCAGGUCACUAACAUUUUUUGCCUGUCAGGUUAAGAAUUUUAAAAUUAUGAAAAAUAUAACCAAUAGAUCUUUGAUAUUUAACCUUUCAAAAUGUUGAUGCUUUACCUUUUAUAGAUUGGUGUAUUUGCUAAAAAGCAUUUAAAGUUCUAAACAUUUAGACACUUAAAAAUCUUUAUCCUGCAGAAAGUAAGAUAUGUAAAAGAAUGUCACGUUUCAGAAGACUGUAAAGAAGUUGGGUUGGCAAUGGUGUUUUGUUUUAGAAACAGGUUUAUGUUUGUACUGAAGAAGGCUUUGGGGAAGAGCAUUGUACAGAAACAUGUUUGAUCCAUCACCUGUCUCCUCUAUCACAAAAUUUCAUUUAGACCAAUGGAAUGGAUGUUCUCAUUCAGAAUGCUUUUAUGUAACAUAGGUAGAAUUGGGGCCACUUCUCUAAAAAGAAGACAUGAGAUGAUCGUGGAGUCAGAUCAGCCGUCCUUACUACCAUGUAAUGGACAGGAGAUGUAUAUGUAUUCUCUUUCUCUAUCUCUCCCCUUCUCAUCCCCUCCCUCCCUGCUCUCUCUUAAAAUAUUUUGAAUGUUUUAGCUUUUUGCAUAUGUAGAAAUCAUAUAUGCAUAUUUUCUUCCCUGUGGGUAGGUACUUUACAAGAGAAUUGGUUUUUAGAACUUACUGGAAUUUAGACUGACUAUAAAACAAGUUAAAAUUUACAGAUAGUUUAUGUAUGAUGGCUUCUAAAGCUCACUGGCCCAGGAGGUGAAACCUGAGUUUUAGUCCAAGCAUUUCAACUAAUAAGCUCUGUGACCUUAGGCAAAUCACAUAACCUCUCUGUGCCUCAGUUUCCCCAUCUGUAAAAUGGGUUUGUAACACCUGCCCUGUCUACCUCACAGGAUUGUUGUGAGGAAAACAUUUGUGUAUGGGAGAACAUUUAAAAGUAAAGUAUACAAAUGAAAGAUGGUUAUUGUUAUUAGCCUAAUGAGGCAACAAUCCAGGGGGAAAGGAAAGGGGGAAACACAAAGAUACAGACUGCUACUUCACUCUCACAGUGAACUAUUGCUAUCCUUCAUGAAACUUUUAAUAAUUGCAAGGUGUUUAGGACAUGAAAUCUUUUGUUAGCCAAGUGUGUGAAAAAGAUAUUCCAAGUUUUUAAAAGGCCUGUUCUGUAAUGAAAAAAAAAAUACUGUUGCAGAUACAAAUUUCCUUAAAAGUUCACAUACACUAUAAAUUACUCAAUAAUUCAAAUUCAGAAUGAAAUUCUGACCUAUUUUUGGCUUCUAAAAAUAGCUUACCAUCGAUGAGCAACAGGGCUGUGGGUCUUUUUAGUGACUAUGAUCAUGGUAAUACCAUGGUAAUUUUAAUUGACAUCCAAGAAUUCCAUCAGAUCUCUGCCUGGUUUAAGGGAGCUGUAGAAAUAACAGAAAACUGUGGGUUCCUGAAAAUCCAUGCAAGUUUUGAAAGUAUUUAACCAUGUAGAACAAUGACUACAGAAAGCCUAGAUAAAAUCUUAUUUAUAUGAUGCUGCUAAUGAUAUAUGUAAAAUAUAGAUUUAAUGUAGUGCAAUGUUUUUUAUAUACACUGGGUAAAGGGGACUGCUGUUCUAUAUUUGAGGGGAGGGUGAAGCAACAAUCCAGUCAAUCUAAGUUAUAUGACAUGAAGUUCCAGAGGGAAAAAUUAUAAUACAUUACAUUACUGAUGUGUAAUCUUUGCUGCCAUGCUAUGUUAUCAGUAGCUAAAAAAUAAUAAUAAAGACUACCACAGAAAACAAGAAUAUUUUUAUUUUUGUGACAUCUAGAGAGUUGGUAGGUAUUGCAUAUUUCCAAGAUUGCUUCCUACUAGAAUUUUGUCAUGAAAACAAGCAUUUAUAAAGUCUGAUUUCUUUAAAUAAAGCUAUCAUUUUUAAGCUGCUUAAAAGUUUUUUUUUUAAUAUACAAUAUAUUACUGUCGAAAUCCUGGAGAAUUUAUGUAUACCUCCACUAUAUACAAGUAAGGAGAAUAUUUAGCUUAAUUUUUCUAAGGUAUUAUUGAACCUAAAUCAAUAAAAGUGAAAUUUUAACACCA